GGGCGCGAGGUACUCCAGUCGGUAAGCGGAGAUUAUAAAACUAUAUCGAUGUAAUUAACUGUAGAACUGGGCUCCCACACGCAAUGCAAAGUUUGAAGCGCAUCCCUGGCCGUUAGUGGAGAAGUGUUGGGCAACUCCUCUGGGGGCGUGGCUCACCGACCACUGGAGCAGGGAACAUUCUGCGUACUGAUCGAGGGAGAAAAAGGGGUGUCUCACAAAGCUAAGCGCCAGUGACGCUGCAUUGGGUGCAUAACGCUUUAAGGGACUACUGUAUAUGUGUGCGUGCGAGGGCGCGUGUUCCUGUUUGCACAGGGCAGCUUUCUGCAAACCCCGUUCCCCUCCCCUUUCCCGGCUCACACACAGAGAGGGAUUAUGCAGCCGCUCCCUGCCAGCAGCUGCUGAGAGUGGCCACAUAAGGAGGCCAGUGUGUCAGUGCCCGGCCGCCUCUCGGCUCUCUCGACACCGACCGAGCCUUUCCCCUGAAACUGAAGGACGUUACUUGUUAUACCGGAGCCUGUGCAAAUUUGUUCUGUUCACUGUUAGGUUGAAAGCCUCAGGCCUAAUCGAUAAUCGCCUACGAAGGACUGCUGUGUCCGUCCAAUAUGAGUGUUGAAAUGGUGGCCCUCAGGGCAGGGGUUUUUGAAGCUCUCCUGGGGACAGUAGUUCCAUGCGUCAGAUGUAUUCCAGAGCUAGCACAUCUGAAUAAACCUAUCAACUAAUUAUUAGGCCUUGACUGCUUGAUUCAGGUGAGCUAAAACAAAAUUGUGAGACAGCUUUAGUUCGCCGGGGGAGGUUUGAAAACGAGUGUCUUGGGCAGAAUCUUGAGUGAACGCCAAACAAAUCAGUUAAAGUUUAUGGCAAAAAAAAUUCACAACUGGUCAAACAGGUAAAACACGAUAAGAUCUCUGCAGAUUUCCAAUCAGAUACACAGGAAAAAAAACAAGAUAAACCCAGACAUGACAGUCUCGGUCGGUAACUUAAGAGUGAGCUCAGACGAGAGCCAGUGUUAGCGGAAGAGCAGUGACUGGUCCAGUCAGCAUGCGCAAACAAUUAACACUCAACAGUUACGUGCCCUGCCAGCAACUUGAUCUGGUUCUUGCCACACUCCUGAAUAUCCUGCUCUCAUCCGUUUGCUAAUCACUCAGCUCUGGGACACAGGAAGGUGUGGUGGCGUGCCUCUCUCUCAUAUAUACUAUAUAUUCUCUAGCUAGCACAACUGGUUAAACCUCCAGGAGCCACGUUGUCUCGUCAGCUGCCUCGACAUGCACAACCCAGACUGUCUGUCUCUCCCACAGCACAACCCAGACUGUCUGUCUCUCCCACAGCAUAACCCAGGGCUUUCCCCCCUGACCCCUUCCCCUGACACCUGUGAGGUGCCCUGCUACAAAGCCAUGUCGCCGCCUCCUACCUCCCUGUCCACGUCCCGGCUGAAGUAUCUGUCCCUGGGCAUACUGGUGCUGCAGACCACCUCGCUGGUGCUCACCAUGAGGUACUCCCGGACACUGCAGGGCGAAGGACCCCGCUACCUGGCCUCGUCGGCCGUGGUGUCGGCUGAGCUGCUGAAGAUCAUCACCUGCAUGCUGCUUGUCUUCCAUGACCACAGAUUCAGCAUGCGGGCUUUGAAUCGGGUGCUAAAGGAAGAGAUUCUUAACAAACCCCUAGAGACGUUGAAGCUGGCCAUUCCCUCAGGCAUCUACACACUCCAGAACAAUUUGCUCUACGUGGCCCUGUCAAACCUUGACGCAGCCACCUACCAGGUGACGUACCAGCUGAAGAUUCUCACCACAGCCCUGUUCUCAGUGUCCAUGUUGGGGAAGAAGCUGGGCUUGUACCAGUGGCUAUCCUUGCUCAUCCUCAUGACUGGCAUCGCUUUCGUACAGUGGCCUACCGAAGCUCUGGUCGGGCCCUCUCCCAAGCCUCUGUCCGCCGGCUCCCAGAUGGUGGGUGUGAUAGCGGUUCUGAUAGCCUGCUUCUCCAGUGGCUUCGCCGGCGUGUACUUCGAGAAGAUACUCAAGGAGUCGAAGCAGAGCGUGUGGAUCCGCAACAUCCAGCUAGGUUUCUUUGGCCUGCUGUUUGGUCUAAUGGGAGUGUUUGUGUACGACGGAGAGCGAGUGAGGGAGUCCGGCGUCUUCCAGGGCUACACCUCACUCACCUGGACUGUUGUGGCCCUGCAGGCUCUGGGUGGCUUGGUCGUAGCCGCUGUCAUUAAGUACGCCGACAACAUCCUGAAGGGCUUCGCCACGUCAAUCUCCAUAAUCCUGUCAACACUCAUAUCCUACUUCUGGUUGAAUGACUUUGACCCUACCAGUGUGUUUUUCCUCGGGGCAGUGCUGGUCAUUGCUGCCACAUUCCUCUACGGCUACGAGAGAAAGAUGACGGCCGUCAAUCACAGCCAUGUGUAGUAGGAGACUCCGCCCCCCAACAGCCCCGCAAUGCCCAAAGCAGAGACGAGCAAAAUCACAGCUGAAACGUCAAAAACACAUGGAAACGGGGCAAGAUGGAGGUAGGAGAAGGAGAUCGUUCUGGCUGAGGAGGAGCACAGCGGAGAAGCGGUACGGAGGGUGCAAACAACACCGCCAGGCUUUGGUCAGUCCUGACAGUCAAAAUGGAGGUGAUGGUUUAGCUCAUGAUUCUGAAAUGGUUUUUACUCAAACUCAAAGACUUCACGUUGCAAGGAGAAAGUGGUACAUGGUGUCUAUACUCUCCCACAGUGACUUCUCAAACAGGCUCGUGAACGUGACGUCUUCAGUUCACACUCACAUGCAUGUCCCUCAGUUAUCGUGCUUCAAGACGUUGUCAUGGAGCUGAAGCUGUUAUUCUACAACGUUAGUAACCUGGAGACGGGACCCGGUUACUGUAUUACGCAUUCAUGGCAGGCCACAAGCCUAGGUUUUUGGAAGUCAGCGUUUAAGUGAUUGUUCCCUGUGUCUGUGCAAUUUAACAUUUCCUGUUUUUCUUAACCAGCAAGCCUCUGCGUUUAAGGACCAUACCUCCAUGUAGCUGCAGCUGGCCGGCACAUUCUUCACUCUCAAUAUGGGACUUCAGGUGUAUGACCAAGUUUGAGGUUGCUGCACUUGCAUUGGUUUUUGUGGCUGUUUUACACACUGCAGACAUUUCUUCACAGUCACACUGACUUUUGGGAACCUCAUUUUAAAAGAAUGUAUUUCACUAAUUUUGAACCCGGCAAAUUAAGAACCAAAGGCGUGUUUACAUCUUGGUGGGCAUUCUGUCGGAUCCAGAAUAUUGACGGGCCUGAUGUUAAAGCAUGUGACACCAGUCACACCUGUCAGGUGGAUGGAUUAUUUCGGGAAAACAAGAAAUACUCAAUAAUCAGGAUGUGAAAAAACCAAAUGACUAAGACAGUGCCUGACAAAAGAACUAAAAUGAAAACCGUCAGUACUCUGGGUUCUGCAGUUGAGAACCCCUUCUAGAAAACAGUUUACCAGCUGUGUGUGUGUGGGUGUGUGUGUGUGGGUGUGUGCAUGUGUGUGUGUAUGUAUGUGUGUGUGUGUGUGGCGAGGGGUGGGGCUAUGCCUUGUACCCAUGGGGGUGAAAGCUCCGGCCCAGCUCAGAUUCAUCCAAGGUGUAUCUUGGCUAGGUGGGCACAGGUUGUCUCUGACGCACAACAUUUUUAGUUUUGCUACAACUGAAGACUAGUUGUUGGAAAGUGUGUUGUAUAUCAUUCAAGCGGUGUUGAGGGGUGGUCUUUGUCUUGCCAGGCCUGGAGUAAUUCAGAGAUUCACGAAGCAGCUGUCUCGCUUGAGAGACUAAGGUUGUUAGCACAGGAUGAGGGGGGAUAGUAAUAGUAAUAUAUGUUUUGGGACCAGUCCAUAUAAUGCCAUGAUGAAGGACUCCAUCAACAUCUCUUUUACUUGGAGAACUAAUGUAAUAGCUACUGUUUGAAUACAUAAAGAUAUGUACAUUUAGAGUUGAGUGUUCAAAAUCGACAACAAUAGUAUCUAAACAAUAUCAAAAGAUCACUUUUUAGAUGGGCAGAAAAAAUAUAUAUUGGUGUGGUAUAACCACAAUUAAAGCCAAUGCAGUACUUGUGGUUAUGUUUUUAUGUUAUGUUAUGACUGAUUAUUAAACAAAAACGAAUCUAAAGAAAACUUAUUUUUACGAUUUAUUUAAGUGAGCCUUCUUUGGCAUGCAGAAAAUGUUCAGUCUGAUCACGUGGAUGUUAGAAAACCAGAGUGUUGUGAACACCGGCCUGAACAUACUUAGUCAUUGGUCUAAAACAAUCCUACUCAGAUGAAUGGUCAUUGGUCUAAAACAAUCCUACUCAGAUGAAUGGUCAUUGGUCUAAAACAAUCCUACUCAGAUGAAUGGUCAUUGGUCUAAAACAAUCCUACUCAGAUGAAUGGUCAUUGGUCUAAAACAAUCCUACUCAGAUGAAUGGUCAUUGGUCUAAAACAAUCCUACUCAGAUGAAUGGUCAUUGGUCUAAAACAAUCCUACUCAGAUGAAUGGUCAUUGGUCUAAAACAAUCCUACUCAGAUGAAUGGUCAUUGGUCUAAAACAAUCCUACUCAGAUGAAUGGUCAUUGGUCUAAAACAAUCCUACUCAGAUGAAUGGUCAUUGGUCUAAAACAAUCCUACUCAGAUGAAUGGUCAUUGGUCUAAAACAAUCCUACUCAGAUGAAUGGUCAUUGGUCUAAAACAAUCCUACUCAGAUGAAUGGUCAUUGGUCUAAAACAAAGUGGACCAAAAGUUAAUUCCCACCCCAAAUGUUUUUUUUCAAACAGCUAAAAAAAAAUACAUUAUAGCUUUAUGAGGGGGUGGGGGGGUGAGGAGGGUUGACAUUGCAAUUAUAAUCAACUAGGGGAAGUUAAAUCAUUUUCUAAUAAUAAUUGAAUUGGAUUUCUCAAAUGUUGCAUUUUGAUAUAUUGAUUCUGGUUCCACACAUUCACCAUACAUUUCGGUCAGUAAAGAUUGUUUACCAGUUAAUAGUUGUGACUUUCCAACACCACAGGAAACUAAAAACAGGCUUUCAUAAUGUUUUAAGAUUGACAAACAGAUAAAUGCUAUAGACAAUAUUGUUCUUUUUUGUUCCAAUGGUGUGAUGAUUUACAGUCAUUGUAGUGCUUCAAGUAGGCCUAUCAGUUCAAGCCAGUCAAUUCAAACACUUCUAUAGACAUGGAUAUGUCUUGGUUAUUCAAUAGACAUGGAUAUGUCUUGGUUAUUCUAUAGACAUGGAUAUGUCUUGGUUAUUCUAUAGACAUGGAUAUGUAUUGGUUAUUCUAUAGGCAUGGAUAUGUCUUGGUUAUUCUAUAGGCAUGGAUAUGCUCUAUAACAAGCAAACCAAUUUUUUGUUUUGCCCAUGAUCUGACAUUUACUGCAACAUCAGUAAUAAUGCAAAAACAGCAUUUUCCAUGAAACUAUAUGAACAACAAUAUCUGUUCCAUGGGAGGGAAAACUAGAUUUGGGUAGGAGAUUCAGGCAGUCCCUCAAGCUAAACAGGUAAAACUGCUAUGGGCUGUCUAAAACAUGUAUGGCUACAGUUGGAAAUAUUUGGUUACUGACUCAAUUUUCAUAAUUGUGUCUCUGUACUUUACCACAAUGGAUUUGAAAUUAAACAACAAGGUGCAAUUGAAGUGCAGACUUUCAGCCUUAA